AUGAGAAAAGUUAUUUAUGAGUUUGAGCAAUGCGAUCCAAAGAGAUGCUCUGGAAAAAAGCUGAUUAGGCAGAAAAAGGUACAAUCUAUCCAGAAGAACAGAAACUUUUCGGGAGUUGUGCUUUCGCCUGAUGCAGACAAAUCAAUAUCUCCCUCUGAUCGGGAAAUCAUAGAAAGGUUCGGAAUAGGACUUAUUGACUGUUCAUGGGCACAGUUGGAUGCUGUUGAUUUCAAAAAACUGCCUAAGAAGCACAACAGGCUUCUUCCAUUCAUGGUUGCAGCAAAUCCAGUGAAUUACGGAAAACCAUUCAAACUCAAUUGUGCAGAAGCGCUCAGCGCCUCGCUAUAUAUCUGUGGAUUUGUUGAUGAAGCAUAUGAGAUUCUUGAUGGAUUUAGCUAUGGAGAUGAGUUUUACAAGCUUAACCAGGACAUUCUUGAUGAAUACUCUAAAUGCACAUCAAGUACUGAAGUUGUAGAAACCCAGAAUAGAUUCCUGGCUGAAAAUAGCAAAUCCUCUUAA